AUAUAUCCGGUGUCAUGAAAAUAGCGACAGAGUGAGACCUCUUCCCUCGGCUCCCGCUUCUCCUUAAAGAGACGGGAUCGACUUUUCCGAUCCCUCGGCGUCAUUCAAUCAUUUCCUGAUUGCAAUCAAGCGAUCUGCGCUCGUGUGGAGAACAAAUCACCGCCGGUGCGAACAGGUCGCACCCGGAGUCUGCGCAGAGUCUCGUUCCAGGGUUGGCUUGUGGCAUGGCAGGUGACAGGACGGAGCGCGCUUAGCUGAUGCCUCAUCCUCAGACGCAGUCGGAUCUGAAGUCUGGCUGGCCCUCGACUAGUAACUCGGGAAACCACAACUGGACCAACACAAUGGACGCUCCUCAGUACCCAGGCUACCCAUCACACUACUGGUAUCCUCAGUCUCACGCCACAGCACACUAUGCAAACGCCUAUCCAUCGGGUUCAGAGGUUCAGCCGCAGUACAACCAACAGGUGAUGCCUGCAGGUUAUCCAAACGGCCAUGGCGUCUACAGCCCAGCGACGGGUCAGUAUUCAACAAGUGGUUUCCACCCAUCCAACCCUUUCUACUGUGCUGACCCUCAGAGACCGGCUCCAAGUCCUUAUCCCAGCCAGGGCUGUCCAGCCGAGCAGGGCAGUGGGCCGCCUGGGCAGCCACACUCACAACACCAACAUCAUCACUAUCCUGGUCCACACUGUCAAGGGACACCUGGAUAUCCUCCUGGACCUUACCCUCACUAUACUGAAGGUGGACAUUCAAUGCCUCCAAACCCCCCAUAUCCCACUGGCCAUCCCAGUUCUCAGGCUGAAGCAUGGGGACAUUCUGGUGCGUAUGGACACUCACAGCCGCAAUGGCAGCCAGGCCAGCAGCCUCCACAAAACCCCUACGGAAGUCAAGUCCGUCCUUCACAUCCUCCAGCAUGGCCGGGGACUGGAACAGGUGCUCCGCCACCCUACCAACCCAAGGACCAACUGCACCAGCGGGCUCCACAAGUGGGACCUAAACCCAGGCCAACCCCAUCCCUGAAUCCCCCCAACGGAAAGCCUGCAGAAAUAAGUUCACCUCCUCAAAUGUACAACAAAACAGGGAGAGGUGAACCUAAUCCUUCACAAUGUGACCCCCCACCCUCUGCCCCGGCACAAGCUCCAGGCCCAGCUGGACCGCCCCUGAGUGACAACCCUGGCCUUGCUAAGGUCCACCAGAUCAUGUCCAGGGUGCUGCUGCUUCAGGAAGAUGUUGAUGAGUUUGUCGGUAAAAAGACAGACAAGAGUUACCGGUAUCUGGAGGAGCUGCUGACCAAAGAGCUGCUGGACCUGGACUCUGUGGAGACUCAGGGACAGGAGAAUGUCCGGCAGUACCGAAGGGAGGCUGUACAGAGGAUCCAGGCCACUCUGGACCAGCUAGAGAAGAAGGCCUUCUGAAGAGGAUUUAUUUAUUGGGUUUAUGGGUCACUAAGUUUUGCUGUUUCCUUCUUCCAGAUCUUAUGAGCGGUUAUCGGUAGGCUUUUCCCCCCCACCACCAUGAUAUGAAAUGCCUGGAGUAAACGGCAGGGACCCAAGAACCAAUACUGGUAAAAGGAAUCAAACUUUUCAAGCCUAAUUAUGCUGGUAUGAGUGACAUGCGGGUAGUAGAAGUGCACACUGAUGGUUGUACAUAUCUGAAAACGUUCAGCCUCAGUGAGUGGCUGUGGUUACCACACAACCUGACACUUCUGCUCAUCUUUUAACGUCAUGCCUUUGCCAGCAUAAUGCAGGACAGGGCCACUGGAGGAUGGAUCUUUUCAGUGCCACAUAGAAACUGUACGUUUUCUCUAACUUCAGAUUAUCAUCAUGCUGUCCCUCAGGAUAGUGGAACGGUCUUAUUAUGAUCCUGAACACUUGGACUGCCUCAGCUGUGUCCAUUAUUACAGACCAUUUGCAUGAUAGUUGCUCCUUCACUUGACUGCAGGAAUAGGUGCAACGCUUCCCAUCAGCUCCCAGCCCUGCAUGAACUGUAAUGUCAGACAAGUACUUGAUACAGUCCUGACAUCUCCGAGCGCAUAAUUGGACGUAGAGUGUGGCAGAUUAUUGAAAAGCCCCUGAAGAUUACUGUCCCAAUUUUAUCCAUGUUUUGGAUGAAAAAUAUACAUAGGAUUUAGAAAUGGAUCCCCCCCCCCCCAGAAGUGUUCAAUCCGUUUCUGUAAAGGAUAAGGGAAAAUAUGUACUUUGAAAUAUUUACUUAUGCUUUGUGUACAAGGAUAAUUUCAGUCACAGCAAUCUGAUCAGCUAUUUACGUUCAGUUAGCACUGAAGUCCUUGUUAUAACAAAUCUAAUUUUGCACCACAAUCCAUUGUCCUGUGUAGCACUUGUUUUUUUUCUUCAGUCAUACCUUCCUUGUGGAUUAAGAAAAAAAAAGAGUCCCAUAUUUCAGGGAAUGGUUUUAUAUCAUUAGAAAAAAAUAAAAAUAGAUGAUAAGAUUUGCAUGAAAGAAACAUCUGUCAUAUGUGUUGAUUUCCAUGUGCUGCUAAAUCUCUGCUUAGAUGGACCACCACUGUACAGUCUCAGCUGAAAUGCAUGUUUCCAACACAAGCUGGGAAUAUUUGCCUGAUGAAUAUCAAAGUUAUCACAGGUGAGGAAAAAAUGAGAAACAAUUAAAUGUAUAUAUUUUUA